AAGAUCCCGGUUUUAAUGAUAAAGAGAAAAUCGAUUCUGUUUCCCUUACGCCCAGAGUCAAAGUUAACCUCUUUCAGAUCACUAGACGGAUUAACCCCUAAAGGAAGUAUUUUUAUUAUUGUUUGUAUUUUUGUUUGCUUUAUAAAAUUCCUGUCUUCUUUUUCACUUCCUUUUUCUUUCUAUAGGUUCAGUGCAAAUGAUUCCGAGAACGGACAGCGAUUAGCACAUCCAAAUAUCGUUCAGCUUUUGGAGACAUUUGAAGACAAAUGGAAAGUUUACCUGGUGAUGGAAUUAGUAACUGGUGGUGAACUAUUCGAUAGAAUUGUAGAAAAAGGUUCCUAUACCGAAAAAGAUGCAUCUGAUCUUAUACGUCAAAUUUUAGAAGCUGUUGAUUAUAUGCAUGAACAAGGUGUUGUUCACAGAGAUUUAAAGCCAGAAAAUCUUCUUUACUACAGUCCAAAUAAUGACAGUAAAAUAAUGAUUAGUGAUUUUGGGUUGUCGAAGAUGGAAGACUCCGGUAUUAUGGCAACUGCAUGUGGUACACCAGGUUACGUAGCGCCGGAAGUUUUGGCCCAAAAGCCAUAUGGAAAAGCGGUUGAUGUGUGGAGCAUAGGAGUUAUUUCUUACAUAUUACUCUGUGGUUAUCCACCAUUCUACGAUGAAAAUGAUGCAAAUCUUUUUGCUCAAAUUUUAAAAGGGGAAUUCGAAUUUGACUCGCCAUACUGGGAUGAAAUAAGCGAAUCAGCUAAGAACUUUAUUCAAAACUUAAUGUGUGUAAACGUGGAUAAACGGUAUACCUGUAAACAAGCACUGGCACAUCCUUGGAUUUCUGGUAACGCAGCGAGCAAUAAAAAUAUUCAUGGUACAGUGUCCGAGCAACUUAAAAAGAACUUCGCGAAAUCUCGUUGGAAACAAGCCUAUUAUGCAGCAACCGUUAUUCGCCAAAUGCAACGGAUGGCACUGAGCAGUAAUAGUGGAGGUAGUAGUAGUAAGAGCAAUAUAUUACCAACGGAUGUAGUAUGUAGCAGCAACGUUGUGACGUCAGAAGCGGCUGAAAGAAUUAUCAGCAGUAAUACUGAGGAGGCAAUUUGUAUAAGUAAUGUGAACUCAAGUAUCAACGUAAACUGUUCUCUACAUGAGCUCUCAACUGAUUACAAUGUAUCUACUGUCAAUGAACGCAAAGAUAACCAACCAUUGGAAAGUAAUAGUUGUAAAUGUAAUUCUACUGCUUGUGUAAAUGGCAGUGAAACAAACAUGUAAACCUUUCCGAAAUAAAAGGAAAAAUACAAUCACUUAUAACAGGCUUAAAGUCUUAUAAAGAUAACAAUUUCUAGAAUUUUUUUUUAACUUCCUUUUGAAUAAGUCUGUAUUUAGUUCAAGUCUGAUCACAAACGCCCCGAAACUUCCAUGUAAUAACUUAAAUAAGAAACGAUAUAAUUUUCUUUAAUCAUACAUGAUACAUUAGAAAAUAAAAUUUGAAAAUAUAGUUAAUGAACUAAUAACUGUCAGUUUUAUUAAAAAGCUGCAAAAAAAUCUAAAAUUCUAUGCGCAAUAAAAGAGCUGUACAUACUAGUAGAUCCGAUUACGCGUUGCUGUGGUUAUGGUAUACAAUUAAUACUGUUAUAAUCUAUUCAAUACAGUGAAAACAUUAUUUACGAAUAGAGGCGAAAACAAUAUUGUCAGUAUAAGAAUCCAAGAGAAUGUACUUGAGCUUCAAUUGUGAAAAUAAUUGAUACAAAUAGUUGUCAAUGAAAUAAAUAAAUAAUUUUCCAUUUGGCAUUUUUCACAAAA